UGAUUAUUGAUCUGAAAAGACGAAGCUCUGGUUCCACGAGUCAAUCAUACCCGAACUGUCUUAAAAUACAUUCAAACUUUCCAAUUUUUAAGACACGAAAGUAUUUUGCUGUCUUGGACCGGGGCUUUUAUUUUGAAGCGUGUCAGCAGGAUAUUGGUUGUUUUUUAGUCUCUUGUUAACGGUGUUUUCAUUAAAUCUGCCUAGCAGUAAGAGAGGGGUAACGGGUAACAGCAUCCAUUGUUAUUGUACUUUUAAUUUUUUUUACUGGAUGACAACAACGCAUCUCUGAACGGGACCCCCAAAGCGGACUACCCACCAUGUCGGCUGAGGAGGAGAGGGGGGUAGUUCGUGUCAAAGUCAAGAAGUGUGAAGGGGUGUUACCGGUGGAGUUCCGCUCCUUUGCUGUUGAUCCUCAAAUAACCUCACUGGAGGUGUUGCAGCAUAUCCUCAUACGAGCAUUUGAGCUGAAUGGGAAACGCAACUUUGGGAUAAGUUACCUGUCCCGUGACCGCGGAGGUGUGGAGGUCUACGUGUCUCUGCUGUCCGACUGGGAUUUAGAUGCAGCGUUCGUCAGUGCGGCAAAGCCUUUCCUCCAGCUCAAGAUGGAAAUCAAACCAUCAGAAGACAGUCCUGUUUUGGAGGAUUGGGACAUAAUCAGCCCUAAAGAUGUGAUUGGCUCAGACCAGUUGCAGGGAGAGAAGAGGUCGUUGGCUUCUGCCGCACUUCCUUUCACACAGACGCUGCUGUCCCAGGUGGGUCGCACACUGUCACGUGUGCAGCAGGCCUUGAGUUGGUCCUAUGGGGAGGAGGUGAAACCAUUCAAGCCUCCCUUAAGUGAUACUGAGUUCCACAGUUACCUGAACAGCCAAGGUCAACUGAGCCGACCAGAGGAACUUAGACUUCGUAUAUAUCAUGGUGGAGUUGAGCCAUCCUUACGCAAGGUUGUUUGGCGAUACCUCCUUAAUGUGUACCCAGAUGGUCUGACAGGGCAAGAGAGAAUGGACUACAUGAAGAGGAAGACAAGAGAGUACGACCAGCUGAAGAGCGAAUGGACAGAACGGGUCAGCGCAGAGGACCUGGAGUUCAUCAGGGGAAAUGUUCUGAAAGAUGUUCUUCGAACAGACCGAGCACAUCCUUACUACGCAGGCUCAGAGGACAGCCCGCAUCUCACCGCCUUGACAGAUCUCCUCACCACCUUUGCUAUUACACACCCACAGGUGUCUUAUUGCCAAGGCAUGAGCGACAUAGCCUCGCCAAUCCUCGCCGUCAUGGACAACGAAGCUCAUGCCUUUAUCUGCUUCUGUGGCAUUAUGAAACGUCUUGAGGGCAACUUCCGCCCUGACGGACAACUUAUGUCCAUUAAGUUCCAACAUCUCAAGUUGCUUCUGCAGUAUUCAGACCCUGAGUUUUAUGCCUACCUAGUCUCAAAAGGUGCAGACGAUCUGUUUUUCUGUUACCGCUGGCUACUUUUGGAGCUGAAGCGUGAAUUCGCUUUUGAUGAUGCCCUGAGAAUGCUGGAGGUCACCUGGAGCUCCUUGCCGCCUGAUCCACCUGAGACAGAGGUGGAGCUUCUGGGGCCAGCGCUUGAGGCAGAUCAGUCCAAUGGCUCACAGAAUCUCCAUCAGAAUGUGGACAUGGAGGAGAUGGAAGAGAAGCAGAUGGAAAGGCAGAGGAGACGUCACAUGCUAAGACCGUCCCGAGAGGAGGCAGAUGGGGGACGUAACUUCAUCGUAGAGGAGGAGAAGGGGCCUCGGAAGGAAGGUGAAGGAGAGUAUGGUGUAGAUGACAUGGUCAAGAAUGAUGUCAAAGCUCCAGCUCCCUCAUUUGAGAAGCAGGCAAGUUUUGGGGAAUUCAAGUACUAUAGUGGCCGAAACGAGGACAGCUUUGAGAUGAAUGAAAACGAUUGCUCUGAUCCUACGUUAUCUCCAGUACAGUUUCAGUCUGCACACUCCACGUUGCCAUUCUCGGCCCGUCAGUCCACAGAGGAAAGUGAGGAUGACCCUGGAGAGCAGGAACCUCUUAUCGGUAAUCAUACACCGUCUUCUCCAGGGCAAAGAGACUCUCCCAAUGGUCAAGCAGCGUCCCCAGCAUCAUCUCUUCCUUCUGGUCUACCAAAUUGGAAGAGUAGCUCAAAUCAUUCACCGGAAGCAUCUAAUUCUCCAUCCAGCUGGAGAACGGCGUCUCCCGAUGCCCUUUCAAAAUGCACAUCCUCUUCCUCUAGUGGAGACAAAGCUGUGUCUCCUGAUAAACCUCCUGGGGGGUUCAUGUCCUCACAAGCUGUAAUAAAUGAAACCGGGGCUCAAUCCCCAUCAGUGGUCCCAGGGAAAUCUUUACUGGCGUCUCCAUCGCAGGGUUACAAUCGUUCGCUUCUCUCUUCGCCUGUUUUAUCCUUUGGCAAGUCACCGUCUUUGCCCAAAGCGUUCUCCAGCAAUCUUCCCUCGCCAUGCAGACCCACCGGAUCUGGCGUAACCUCUCCAAACACAAACAAACCAGAAGGAGGCGGAAUUAAACCCUGCUCGCUUCCUCCUCCUCAAGAGUUUGGGAAAGGGAAUCCCUUCAUGCUUUUCCUUUGCCUGUCUAUCCUGCUGGAACAUCGUGACCACAUUGUUAAAAACAGCCUGGAUUACAAUGAGCUGGCCAUGCAUUUUGACCGCCUGGUCCGUCGCCACAACCUUGGGCGUAUUCUGCAGCGAGCUAAAGCCCUCUUUGCAGACUACCUGCAGAGUGAGGUAUGGGACUCGGAGGAAGGGGAUGAAGUCAGCUUGGACUCCCCAGUCACAGCGGCAACAUCCCCCCAAACACCCACAACUAGACCUCCUUUCCUCAAUGUACAGCCCUCUCAGGGUACCUUACCGAAUUCAACCUAUAAUCUGGCCAAUACCGUUCCCUCUCCAACAACUCCUGUUGCCCUCUCUCCAUCUGAUUCCUGAUUCUGUGCAGUAGUAGAUUAUCUCCAGAAACCAGCUCCGGAUCACAAACGGACCCAGAAGCAAGUUUUACUGUACCUUGCCGAGUCACAACAUACCUUUGUGCUUUACACAUGCUUAAUAAGACUUGUAUUGUUUUAUGUUAACAACCAAAGCUUAGUGACUUUCUCAUGUCUCCUUUUCCCUGUCCAACAAGUCAAGCCCCUUUCAUUGUACUGUAUCUUUUUUUUAAUUGCACUUUAUUGAUUGUCCUUUGAAAGGGCAGGCCAGUUUGGGUCUCAUUUCACUUUGUAAAUAACACUUUCAAAAGACACAUUAUGGACACGUAAAACCCGUUAUAGUAACCUAACUUACGUAAAACAAAGCUACAAGAUUAUGGUGUUAUUUAUUUCUGUGUGCAAUCUUUAUUUUGGCAAAAAGGGUGUCAUCAGCAUCCUCUGAGGUUAUCGAGGCUCUGUUGUUGUAGAGAGGAGAAUGUUUACUCAAGUAAAGGUUUUGAGACGCUCUCUGAAAUGUAUUCAUGAAUUUGUUUGACAUUGCCAGCAGCAAGGGUGUAUUUGUUAUGCUGAUACUUGUCAUUUGUGCUUUAUGAGAACCUUAAGCCUUGACUUUUGUUUGUACAAAACAUUUGACCAGAGAUGAAGGUGCUGAUGCAUUAUCCAGUAUCCCAUCAAUGUGAAACCACCUGUUGUAGAAUAGGUAACAUUCAGCCCCAAUCUUGAAUUGAUCUCUGAACUACCCAUUGAAAUCUUCUCUAGUGUACAGCAGCUAUUUGACCUGUCAGCUGUAGCUCUACAUGCAGUGGAUGUUUUGGUAAAGCAGCACUCAACAUGGAGAAUGGCUGGUAAUUUGGUUUCACUUAUCCUCGCCUUUGUUGGAGAAGUGCCUCGUUUCACUGAAUUAGGCAUUUUUGUCUGUCUUUCUUCUGUAUGUAAAUAUAAUUUCAUUGCUUUCAUCCUUCAUCUACCAAAGGUUUGUCUGUUCAUUCGUUGCCAUAACGACUUUAUCAUCAAGAGGCAACAAUCAAGGAUCCCUGCUGUUAAAAAAAAAAAUCUGAGUAUUUAAUGCCUUUAGCAGAAUGCAUUUCUUUGGAGACCUUAAGACUCAUUCUUUGUCUUAAUACCAAGUGUUCUUUUCUCUUUUUUUCUAAGUGCUAAAAUGAUAAACCUGCACAUGGACUAAAAAAUGAUUUUCCUGGAAAGUAGAACAGUGAUGAGUCCUGCAUAUACUUGUAUGUUUGUUUCUCUGAUUUUGGUUUGGUUCUGUAUGAUAGUAUUUUACUCAUACCCAUGGAGAGACUUGCUAGAUUGAAUGCUUGCAAUACUCCUAUUUGUACAAUAAAUUCACUGAAUAUUAA